AUGGCACGAAAGUCGAGAUCAACUAAAAGACAACAACAAUCGGAUGACAAGAAUAGUGUCGCCGACUCUGCGGUCAAAAAGGGUCGCAAAAGAGGUGUGAAUUUGACGGACAGUGAGGUUAACGAAAGCGAAACGAAAGUCAGCCGACAAUCAAAGCCAGAGAUGUCCAGACUUUCGGUGGAUUUCUUCCGCAACAAGUCGUGCACUGAGUUAUCGAAAGCACUUUUGGGACAAAUCCUGUGCCGAAAACUGUCACCCAAUGGACCCCUUCUGAGGGGACGUAUAGUCGAGACGGAGGCCUAUUUGGGCGCCGAAGACAAGGCGAGCGCCACUUAUAACGGCCGCCGAACCGAUCGCUUGGAGCCCUUGUAUAUGAGUUGUGGCACUUGUUUCGUAUACUUCACGUAUGGUAUGUAUUACUGUAUGAAUUUGUCGGCUUCGGGCGACGGACAGGCCGUCCUAUUACGGGCUGUGGAACCGUUAGAAGGCAUGGAUACUAUGCAAACACUUAGGGCUAAGUCUCGCAAAGCAAAGUCUGAUAAACUGUUUGCCGACAAAAUGCUGGCCAACGGACCCUCUAAGAUGUGUAUGGCUUUCGAUAUCAAUAAGGAUAACAUCAAUAAAGUGGACAUCACUGACAGUGACUUAAUAUGGAUUGAAAGGGCAGAUACUGUUCCCGAAGAGAAUAUUGUGAGCACCGGUCGGGUCGGCAUUCCCAGGGCUCAGGAGUGGGCCAACAAACCGCUCAGGUUUUACAUCAAAAAUAAUCUCUUUAUCAGCCAAAAGUAA